AUGGCUCGACGUUCAUCUGCUGCUUCGAUUCUGUCAUUCGCUCCAACAAAGAAUAAUGCAGACGUGUCCGCACGUCAGACAUUUUCUCCGUCCACCUCAAAAGCCAAACUACCACCAUCUUCGUCCUUGCUAUCAAACACCUCCUCAAAGUUUCCUGAUAAUGCAUUACACUUGAGUCCAGAUGAACUGUACACGAAACAUACCAUUCCCGAGGUCAAGGCCGUGCAGUUACAGUUGAGAGCUGAUGCUGAGGCGAAACAGGAGGAACUUCGUGUCAUGGUUGGGGAACGAUAUCGCGACCUUUUGCAAGCAUCUACCUCCAUUAUCUCCAUUUCAAAGUCUUCACAGCGUGUCAAAGAAGCAUUAGAGGAGAUUAAGGAGAUUACAUCUUCCCAGAAUCCAUCACCAACACCUAAACGAGCCUCGCAGUCCAGCAAAGAUGACACGCAUUUGCAAACGCUACAAAAGCUUUCUGCGCAUGUCAAGCUACUCCUUGAUGCACCAGAGCAUCUGUGGCGGUUGAUUGAACGAGACAAGUAUUUCCAUGCUGCUUGGUUAUUUCUUCUAGCGAGAGUCGUUCAUCGCGCUUUGGUACAAGAUGAUGGUCAAGACGAAGAAAGCUGGAUAAACCAAGGAAUAAACAUACUAGAACAGUUCCCCCUCAUACAACGGCAAUGGGAUACGGUAUCCCACUUUCGCACACAAAUCGUCCACAAGGCAACGAUGUCCCUCAGGAUAUACAAUAGACCAUCAGAGGAUAUAUGCGCAACUCUUUUGACGCUUCAUUUGUUGGAUUCACGACCUUUAUCGGAAACAUUAACUGUGUUUCUCGCACAACGAUCAAAAACCUUCGGGACCCUCCUUACUAAAACUACAGAAACCCCUUCUACAUCUAUACCGGCUGCUAAUCAACAUAAUGGUCAAGCCAAUGGACAUCUUCCACAGGGAACUGUACCAAAGUCUGGGGUAAAACCUACCAAAGUUCAAGUUCGCAUGAUAAAAAUUUCGAUUCAAACCGCUUUUGACGUUAUGUCACGAACCGUUAACACCGCGCGAGAUGUUUUUCAAGAGAGUUCCGAAGAGGCUCGGCAUUCGAUGAUUGGGCAAGUGCUGAAGCAUAUACAAUUCGACUCGUCUUCAUCUACUGUGGAAUUAUCAUCUCUUCCAUCGGAGCUUUUACUAGACACGCAGACGCUUCUUGCUGGCCUGCCGUCCGCUGCACAAUUCAAUCUUCUUCCCGCAAACAUUAGUUCUUAUAAGCCUUACGUCGAUUUGGAUUCUGCAUCCUCAUCAGUGCCACAAGCUCUUUUGUUUCAGAAGCUGGAUGCCUGGUUUACGCAUGCAGCGGAUAGUUCGCGAAAUGCGUUGACGAAGUGGUUUUCUGGUCUCAGCACGGUCAAGGAUGUGUGGAGUGUCAGAACAUCUCUCAGGAAAUGGUUGCAGAGCGAUUCACAACUUGAACAGAAGGAGCAGCUGAAGCUCAAAACCGUUAUGGAUGAAGCCGUCCGUCAUCGCGUCACUUCCAUUUGGAAGUCUGUAUUACUGGAAGCUGAAGAAGCAUUCUGUAAGCAGCUAUCGUCAGUUACCAUAAUAGAUUCAGUAAUGCAAGAGUGUGCACCAUUAGAACAUUUGUUUCGGACACCAACGCUACCUACAUUUCCCCCAGCUGGCGCCGGACUUUCAACAUCAGAAGCCACUCUACUCACGUAUCGAAGUACUCUGCGACAGCAGCUAAGCGGUCGGACACCAUACUUGGACUCAGUGUUGAGCACUCUAGAAAAAUGUAGCGCAACUCUGCAAAGGGAUUUUUCUCGAAUUACAGCGGGAGACGAUGACAGAGACUUAGCUGCUACGCUGAGAGAGGCAUAUCGACCUGAUGCGGAGGUUUUUUGUGACAAGCUUGUGAAUGCUUUGAAUUUGGCUGCCGAAGAAGCAAUGAAGCGAUCCGACGUCGAUAGCGGGAUAAAGACUCUGGUGCUUAUUAGCCGAACAGCGUCUGAGUUGUCACUUUCGUCUCCUUUCGUCUCAGGGAUCAGCUGCGAUGACUUGGCAGCAGAAGCGUUUCGAGCCAAAACGUGCGCCGUUCACGACCGUAUUACUGCUUUUUGGUUGGAUCACACGGUAUCGCACGCUAUUUCUGAGUAUACCCGUUUAAUAAGGUUGUCCAAGCUGUCAUCUUCACAGUCUCCUUCAGGCCCAUCAGCAGCUCUCAUAGAGUCGCUACUAUCGUUAUCGACAGGUUGUCAUAGCCUGGGUCUUUCCCACGAACCACAUCUUCUCUCCAAAAUAGCACAGAAAGCACUCGUGUCAUAUUGUUCCUCCUUCAUCGAGACUACUGACAGGGGAAUCAAAACGAGCGGCUUACAGGCUCUGUAUGAUCUGACAUUUCUCAGCAAGCUGUCGUCGAGUUGGAACGUGAAGGAAAUGAACUCGUCGCCAUUGGAUUCUGCUUUAGAACUGUUGCGAUUUAAGACAUCGAGCGAUGGAUCAAAUUCCCUUGGAGGGGACCCAGAACGUGCAGCGUCGGAUCAUAUUAUGAGAAUGCAAGUAUUACUAUCAGCAUUGCUGUCCCCUUCGACCUCCAUUUCUCCCACAUCGAAAGAGCACGGUGACAAGCUCUCGGCUCUUUUGACUUAUGGAGUCCCUGUGAUUGAUGCCUCAUUCCAGUCUGUGACGGAAUUGGCCAAACCCUCAGCCCGAUUUGGACUAUUGUUGAUCAACACGAGCGGAUGA